AUGGCUGUCCUCUCAAUUUGGGCUGUCCUCUCAAUUGAGCUGUCCUCUCAAGUUGAGCUGUCCUCUCCAGAUGAGCUGUCCUCUCUAGAUGAGCUGUCCUCUCAAGUUGAGCUGCCCUCUCAAGUUGAGCUGUCCUCUCAAGUUAAGCUGUCCUCUCAAGUUGAGCUGUCCUCUCAAGUUGAGCUGUCCUCUCAAGUUGAGCUGUCCUCUCAAGUUGAGCUGUCCUCUCAAGUUGAGCUGUCCUCUCAAGUUGAGCUGUCCUCUCAAGUUGAGCUGUCCUCUCAAGUUGAGCUGUCCUCGAAAGCCGUGUUGUCCUCGCAAGUUGUGCUGUCAUCGCAAGCUGUGCUGUCCUCGAAAGCUGUGCUGUCCUCCCAAGCUGUGCUGUCUUCGCAAGCUGUGCUCUCCUCGCAAGCUGUGCAGUCCUCGCAAGCCGUGCUGUCCUUGCAAGCCGUGCUGUCCUCGCAAGUUGAGCUGUCCUCUCAGGUUGAGGUGUCCUCUCAGGUUGAGAUUUCCUCUCAAGUAGAGCUGUACACUCAAGUUGAGCUGCCCUCUCAAGUUGAGCUACCCUCUCAAGUUGAGCUGCCCUCUCAAGUUGAGCUGCCCUCUGAAGCUGAGCAGCCCUCUCAAGUUGAGCUGUCCUCUCAAGUUGAGCUGUCCUCUGAAGUUGAGCUGUCCUCUCAAGAUAAGCUGUCCUCUCAAGUUGAGCUGUCCUCUCAAGUUGAGCUGUCCUCGCAAGCUGUGAUGUCCUUGCAAGCUGUGCCGUCCUCGCAAGCCGUGCUGUCCUUGCAAGCCGUGCUGUCCUCGCAAGUUGAGCUGUCCUCUCAGGUUGAGGUGUCCUCUCAGGUUGAGAUUUCCUCUCAAGUAGAGCUGUACACUCAAGUUGAGCUGCCCUCUCAAGUUGAGCUACCCUCUCAAGUUGAGCUGCCCUCUCAAGUUGAGCUGCCCUCUGAAGCUGAGCAGCCCUCUCAAGUUGAGCUGUCCUCUCAAGUUGAGCUGUCCUCUGAAGUUGAGCUGUCCUCUCAAGAUAAGCUGUCCUCUCAAGUUGAGCUGUCCUCUCAAGUUGAGCUGUCCUCGCAAGCUGUGAUGUCCUUGCAAGCUGUGCCGUCCUCGCAAGCUGUGCCGUCCUCGCAAGCUGAGCCGUCCUCGCAAGCUGUGCUGUCCUCGCAAGCUGUCCUGUCUUCGCAAGCUAUGCUGUCCUCGCAAGCUGUGCUGUCCUCGCAAGCUGUGCUGUCCUCACAAGCCGUGCUGUCCUCGCAAGCUGUGCUGUCCUCGCUAGCUGUGCUGUAUUCGCAAGCUGUGCUGUCCUCGCACGCUGCGCUGCCCUCGCAAGCUGUACUGUCCUCGCAAGCUGUGCUGUCAUCGCAAGCCUUGCUGUCCUCGCAAGCCGUGCUGUUCUCGCCAGCCGUGCUGUCUUCGCAAGCUUUGCUGUCCUCGCAUGUUGUGCGUUCCUCUCAAGUAGUGCUGUCCUCUCAAGUUGGGCUGUCCUCUCAAGUUGGGCUGUCCUCUCAAGUUGAGCUGUCCUCUCAAGUUGAGCUGUCCUCUCAAGUUGAGCUGUCCUCUCAAGUUGAGCUGUCCUCUCAAGUUGAGCUGUCCUCUCAAGUUGAGCUGACCUCUCAAGUUGAGCUUUCCUCUCUAGUUGAGCCGUCCUCUCAAGUUGAGCUGUCCUCUCAAGUUGAGCUGUCCUAUCAUGUUGAGCUGUCCUCUCUAGUUGAGCUGUCCUCUCAAGUUGAGCUGUCCUCUCAAGUUGAGCUGUCCUCUCAAGUUGAGCUGUCCUCCCAAGCCAUGGUCUCUUCGCAAGUUGUGCUGUCAUCGCAAGCUGUGCUGUCCUCGAAAGCUGUGCUGUUCUCCCAAUUUGUGCUGUCCUCGCAAGCUGUGCUCUCCUCGCAAGCUGUGCUGUCCUCGCAAGCCGUGCUGUCCUUGCAAGACGUGCUGUCCUCACAAGAUGUGCUGUCCUCGCAAGUCUUGCUGUCCUCGCAAGCCGUGCUGUCCUCGGAAGCCGUGCUGUACACGCAAGCUUUGCUGUCCUCACAAGCCAUGCUGUCCUCACAAGCUUUGCUGUCCUCACAAGCUUUGCUGUCCUCGCAAGCUUUGCUGUCCUCGCAAGUUGUGCUGUCCUCUCAAGUUGAGCUGUCCUCUCAAGUUGAGCUGUCCUCUACAGUUGAGCUGUCCUCUACAGUUGGACUGUCCUCUCAAGUUGAGCUGUCCUCUCAGGUUGAGGUGUCCUAUCAGGUUGAGAUUUCCUCUCAAGUUGAGCUGUACGCUCAAGUUGAGCUGCCCUCUCAAGUUGAGCUGCCAUCUCAAGUUGAGCUGCCAUGUCAAGUUGAGCUGCCCUCUCAAGUUGAGCUGCCCUCUCAAGUUAAGCUGUCCUCUCAAGUUGAACUGUCCUCUCAACUGUCCUCUGAUGUUGAGCUGUCCUCUCUAGAUGAGCUGUCCUCUCUAGAUGAGCUGUCCUCUCAAGUUGAGCUGCCCUCUCAAGUUGAGCUGUCCUCUCAAUUUAAGCUGUCCUGUCAAGUUGAGCUGUCCUCUCAAGUUGAGCUGUCCUCUCAAGUUGAGCUGUCCUCUCAAGUUGAGCUGUCCUCUCAAGUUGAGCUGUCCUCAAAAGCCGUGCUGUCCUCGCAAGUUGUGCUGUCAUCGCAAGCUGUGCUGUCCUCGAAAGCUGUGCUGUCCUCCCAAGCUGUGCUGUCCUCGCAAGCUGUGCUCUCCUCGCAAGCUGUGCUGUCCUCACAAGCCGUGCUGUCCUUGCAAGCCGUGCUGUCCUCGCAAGGUAUGCUGUCCUCACAAGCCGUGCUGUCCUUGCAAGCCGUGCUGUCCUCGGAAGCCGUGCUGUCCACGCAAGCCUUGCUGUCCUCACAAGCCGUGCUGUCCUCACAAGCUUUGCUGUCCUCACAAGCUGUGCUGUCCUCGCAAGCUGUGCUGUCCUCGCAAGCCGUGCUGUCCUCGCAAUUUGUGCUGUCCUCGCAAGCUGUGCUGUCCUCGCAAGCUGUGCUGUCCUCGCAAGCCGUGCUGUCCUCGCCAGCCGUGCUGUCCUCGCAAGCUGUGCUGUCCUCGCAAGCCGUGCUGUCCUCGCCAGCCGUGCUGUCUUCGCAAGCUUUGCUGUCCUCGCAUGUUGUGCUUUCCUCUCAAGUGGUGCUGUCCUCUCAAGUUGGGCUGUCCUCUCAAGUUGAGCUGUCCUCUCAAGUUGAGCUGCCCUCUCAAGUUGAGCUGUCCUCUCAAGACGUGCUGUCCUCUAAGGUUGUGCUGUCCUCUCAAGUUGAGCUGUCCUCUCAAGUUGAGCAAUCCUCUCAAGUUCAGCUGUCCUCUCAAGUUGAGCUGUCCUCUCAAGUUGAGCUGACCUCUCAAGUUGAGCUGUCCUCUCUAGUUGAGCUGUCCUCUCAAGUUGAGCUGUCCUCUCAAGUUGAGCUGUCCUAUCAUGUUGAGUUGUUCUCUCUAGUUGAGCUGUCAUCUCUAGUUGAGCUGUCCUCUCAAGUUGAGCUGUCCUCUCAAGUUGAGCUGUCCUCUCAAGUUGAGCUGUCCUCUCAAGUUGAGCUGUCUUCUCUAGAUGAGCUGUCCUCUCUAGAUGAGCUGUCCUCUCAAGUUCAGUUGUCCUCUCAAGUUGAGCUGUCCUCUCAAGUUGCGCUGUCCUCUCAAGUUGAGCUGUCCUCUCAGGUUGAGGUGUCCUCUCAGGUUGAGAUUUCCUCUCAAGUUGAGCUGUACACUCAAGUUGAGCUGCCCUCUCAAGUUGAGCUGCCCUCUCAAGUUGAGCUGCCCUCUCAAAUUGAGCUGCCCUCUGAAGCUGAGCAGCCCUCUCAAGUUGAGCAGUCCUCUCAAGUUUUGCUGUCCUCUGAAGUUGAGCUGUCCUCUCAAGUUGAGCUGUCCUCUCAAGUUGAGCUGUCCUCUCAAGUUGAGCUGUCCUUGCAAGCUGUGAUGUCCUUGCAAGCUGUGCUGUCCUCGCAAGCUGUGCCGUCCUCGCAAGCUGAGCCCUCCUCGCAAGCUGUGCUGUCCUCGCAAGCUGUCCUGUCCUCACAAGCUAUGCUGUCCUCGCAAGCUGUGCUGUCCUCGCAAGCUGUGCUGUCCUCGCAAGCCGUGCUGUCCUCGCAAGCUGUGCUGUCCUCGCAACCUGUGCUGUCCACCUGUGCUGUCCUCGCAAGCUUGGUGUCCUCGCAAGCUGUGCCGUCUUUGGAAGCUGUGCCGUCCUCGCAAGCUGUGCCGUCCUCGCAAGCUGUGCUGUCCUCGCAAGCUGUGCUGUCCUCGCAAGCUGUGCUGUCCUCGCAAGCUGUGCUGUCCUCGCAAGCUGUGCUGUCCUCGCCAGCCGUGCUGUCUUCACAAGCUUUGCUGUCCUCGCAUGUUGUGCUUUCCUCUCAAGUGGUGCUGUCCUCUCAAGUUGGGCUGUCCUCUCAAGUUGAGCUGUCCUCUCAAGUUGAGCUGCACUCUCAAGUUGAGCUGUCCUCUCAAGACGUGCUGUCCUCUCAGGUUGUGCUGUCCUCUCAAGUUGAGCUGUCCUCUCAAGUUGAGCUGUCCUCUCAAGUUGAGCCGUCCUCUCAAGUUGAGCUGUCUUCUCUAGAUGAGCUGUCCUCUCUAGAUGAGCUGUCCUCUCAAGUUCAGUUGUCCUCUCAAGUUCAGCUGUCCUCUCAAGUUGCGCUGUCCUCUCAAGUUGAGCUGUCCUCUCAAGUUGAGCUGUCCUCUCAAGUUGAGCUGUCCUCGCAAGCUGUGCUGUCCUCGCAAGCUGUGCUGUCCUCGCAAGCUGUGCUGUCUUCGCAAGCUGUGCUGUCCUCGCAAGCCGUGCUGUCCUCGCAAGCCGUGCUGUCCUCGCAUACCGUGCUGUCCUAA